CAUCAGCCCAAGCUUGGAGAGUGUCUGCAGUGAAAACUAGAGAAAUGCCAGCCAUGAGAGGGCUGCUUGCUCCUCAGAAUACUUUCUUAGAUACCAUAGCGACAAGAUUUGAUGGAACACACAGCAACUUUGUCCUUGGCAACGCUCAGCUGCCUCAUUCCUACCCUGUGGUGUAUUGCUCAGAUGGCUUCUGUGAACUCACUGGCUUUGCUCGAGCAGAGGUUAUGCAGAGGUCAUGCGCUUGUACCUUUCUGUAUGGCGCAGACACUGGGGAACAAAUUCAACAUUGUGUCCAGAAAGCCUUGAAUGAUAAACAAGAGCUGAAGGCUGAACUUCUGCUAUACAAGAAAAGUGGUUCACAGUUCUGGUGCUUGCUGGAUGUCGUACCUAUCAAAAAUGAGAAGGGAGACGUGGUUCUUUUUCUUGUUUCAUUCAAGGACAUCACAGAUGCCAAGACCAGAACGACAGAAAGCUGGAAAGAGACAGGAAGGGGAGAGCAGCACACUCGUUUAACAGGAAAAGGUUUUAAUGCCAAUCGUAGGCGAAGCCGUGCUGUGCUUUACCAUCUCUCAGGUCAUCUACAAAGACAAAAUAGAGCAAAAGCAAAACUUGGUAAG